UCAGGAUGUGCUCAACCCCCCCAAACUCUCGUCCAAUGACGUCACACAUCAGCUCAACUAUAAAGAUGAGAGACGCAAGCCAAAGCCCAACCCACCCUCAUAUCCUCCCUCUCCCGCUCUCUCUUUUCUGUUGGGUGAAAAGCUCAGUAGAUGUCAGAGAGCUGCGACUUAUCGGUUACCUACCAGCAAAUAUUUCACUGCAGUCUUUCAGAAACCCUUUUUUUUUUUAAAUAGCAAAAUUUUCCGCCUGAUGCACCACAGUUCAUAGAUCUCAAAGGAAACGGAAAGAGCAUCAGCACCACAGCAUCAUGACCAGAAAGGUGUUCACCAACACUCGCGAGCGCUGGCGCCAGCACAACGUGAACACAGCCUUCGCGGAACUGAGGAAACUCAUCCCCACACAUCCGCCCGAGAAGAAGCUGAGCAAGAACGAGAUCCUGCGGCUGGCCAUGCGCUACAUCAACUUUCUGGUGACUCUGCUGGACAAGCAGGGUGGAGAACCGUCGGCUCAGUCUCAAGCCGCUCUUCUGUCUCUGCUGGCGGGGAACAUGCAGAACCUGCGCACAGAACGCAACUGGACCAGCGACACUGACCCGCCAUCACCCGGAUCCAGCUGCGACAGCUCUGAAGCAUGGUGAUGAAGCUGAACCAAGGUGUGGACUUUAUAUUGGUGGAUUGUGACGAUUAAUGGAAGAAAAUGUGAAUGUCGUGUUAUGGAGAUGUAAAGAUUGAAUGGAUUCCAGGAGCUCUGAACGUUUAUGUUGACGAUAACAUGUUCCUUUUGUUUCACGUGGACACAGCUGAUCUGUGUGAAACUCAGAACUGAAAUAAGGCUGGCACUAGUUACCGAUGCUUACUGUAAAAAACUGAAACCUACAUCAUUUUCGAGCUCAUGCAUUAUGGAUGCACUUUAAAAGCAUCUCCACUAGAUGUAUUCAUUUCACUGAAUUAACCCUGAAGAAUGAUUUUUCCUAAAGGCGGUGAAACCUCCUGGGAUCUGGAAUAUGUUUGAUUGUAUUUAUUUUUAUUUAUUAUUUAUACUGUGAACGGAGUGCAUGUAUUUAUUGGAAGUUUCUAUCAGUUAAUUUACUCCACAACACACUGCAAAAAAUCUUACUCUGGUUUUUUGUUUGCUUUUCCAAUGCAGUUAAAUACCCGUCCCUAAAAACAAGAUAUAUUUAAUUAAGCAAAACGAUACAAGAUUGUAUGUAUUGUUUGUGCUUAAAAUAACAAAAAGCUAUUUGCCAGUUAGGUGAAAAUAAAACAUGAUCAACGCAUUCUAAUUCAAAAAUAGUGUUUUUUUAAUAUUAGUAAUAAACUUCUGUUUAUUUUCUGAAUUCAAGACAAGUAAAUAUUUAAAUCAAAUGUAAAAAAGUGUGAAAAUAGUUUUUUUUGCAGUGUACAAAAUAUGUUUCGACAAAGAUUAUUUUUGUGCAUUUAUUAUUCAGAAUUGUAGAAUGUUG